AUGAAGCUCGUCCGGUACGCCUUCCCACCUUGUGGGCGCGAGCACCAGCUCCGCCAGGCGCAUCAUCUUCAUGGUCUCCCGCUGACGUAUAUUUCUUUUUCUAGCUUUUUAAUGAAAUGCGCCAAUGAAACGGUUACCGUUGAGCUCAAGAAUGGCACCAUCCUUCACGGCACUAUCAUGUCCGUCUCCCCGCAGAUGAACACCUCUCUCCGCACCGUCAAGAUGACCCCUAAGGACCGUGACCCCAUCUCGCUCGACACAAUCAACAUCCGCGGCUCCACAAUCCGCUACUACAUCCUACCUGACAGCUUGCCCCUUGACACCCUGCUUGUGGAUGACGCGCCCAAGCCCAAGAACAAGGCGCAGCAAUACCCAAAACAGGUCAUGCACCUCGCGUAG